UGUGUUAUCUGUCAGGCCAUAUAGUUUCUGUUAUUUCUACAUUAUCUCAUAAAGCUCAUCGAGACAUGAUAUGGGAUUUGUAGACUUGAAUUAAGGAUGUAAUAAACUUGUGGUUAACUGCUUUCUUUGUACUAAAUGAUUGCUCUCUUCUGUGUGUUACAGAUAUAAGAGAAAAAGACAAAGGGAUAAAAACCCCUGCAGAAGUCCAGACAAUGGACAUCAGCCCACACCCACUUCCUUCUCUCCAAAUGAUUGUGAAAUGGAGCCUGGUGCUGAUCAUGGUACUGGUAAGCCAUCAUAUGAAAUGUUUGAGAACAACCCUGAUUCGGCGCCAUCUUUGCAGUUGGGCCACAGUGAUGUCAAGGUUUCAGAAGACCCUGGUAGCCAGAGGCCAGAGGCCGUGACCACAGGAGGAGCAGGCAAGGCCCAAACCCCAAGCGUCCUGGCAGCAGCCAGCCGCGGCGAGGCUACGAGUGGCGGGAUGGACGACGUCCUCGAGGGCGUACCAGCAUUCCCAGCGGUGGAGGAGGACGACAGCGACGAAGACGAGGAUGAAGAGGACGAGGACUGGCAAUUCACCCUGCCACAGGGAACCCUGGAAGACUACGACGUUGACAGCCCGUUGUCAGUGGAGGAAGGCCGGAGGACCAGGGCUAACCGGCAGCGUGGAGAUGGGCCACAAGUGGAGAUGGCCGGCGGACCUGCUUAUAACUCCAGCUCAGCCUCGUCAGAUGGAGCAGCGCUGGAGCCGUCCAAGCAGCCAGACGCCAGUCAGGGGGGAAAGGUUCCUAUAGAGCCAUCCGCGGCACUGCCUCAGGUCCUUAGACCACCGCAUAAGGCCCCUGAACCAUCGCAUCAGGCCCCUGAACCUCAGGCCCCUGAACCUCAGGCCCCUGAACCACAGUCUCAGGCCCCUGAACCACAGUCUCAGGCCCCCAAACCACCGUCUCAGGCCCCUGAACCAUCGCCUCAGGCUCCUGAACCCCCCCUGCUCACCAUCAAGGACGAGCCCUUGGACGAGGGCUACGACGUGGCCCUGCUGCCCCAGACCUCCAUCAGCAAGGUCAAAGAGGAGCAUAAGGAUGAAGAACUCAGGAUCAGUUCAGUCUUCUCUUUCCGGGGAGGAAAUGCAUUCGCACCUCAAGGCGCUCCGGCCCCCUUCCCCCAGCCCACAACCACCAUCUUUAUCCCAGGGAGAGGCACUCUGCUUCAGGCCUCCACGCUGGCCACCCUUGGGAUCAAACCCAGACUGCCGGCUCCGGCCAUAGCACCCGCCCCUACUCUGCUGGCCUUACCCCAAACCCUGUCCCAGCCCCAGCCCCUACCACCGCCUGCCGUGAUAAGCACCAUCAGAUGCAGUGGUUGCUCCAAGGUGCUGGUGAAGGGCCAGACGGCGUUCCAGAGGAAAGGUGCCACCCAGCUGUUCUGCUCCACCGUCUGUCUGUCCAGCCAUCUGCCUCCGACCAGCAAGGCUCGCAGUUGCUACCAUUGCAACAAAGAAAUCGAGGACCCGAAGAGCAUGGUGAUGGUGCCGCUGGACAACAACACCUUCAUCCACUUCUGCAGUCACCACUGCCUGUCCGCCUCCAACGUGGAGAAGAAGAAAACGGUGGCCCAGCUGCUGUAUAACCCUCGCCUGGUUACCUACCAAGCCAAGGAACAGGAGAAGCCCCACUGCAUUGUAUGCAAGAGCACCAGUAAGAUUGAACACGAGGUGAUGCACCAGGGCCGCAUCCACAGCCUGUGUAGCGACGCCUGCUUCCUGGAGUGGCGCAACUCCCGGCAGCUGGCCAUGAACUGCUGCGAGGGCUGUGGCCUCUACUGCAAGAGCGACUCGGACGUGUGCCAGACCCUGACCGUGGAGAAGGCCCAGCUCAACUUCUGCAGCCCCACCUGCGUCAGCACGUACAAGCAGUCCUGCAUUAAGAACACCGAGUGCGCCGUCUGUCACGACUCGGUUCGAGUCUCCAACACCAUCAUGGACAGAGACCAGAUUGGGAAGGUGCAGCUUUACUGUUCUACCACCUGUUUUGCUCAAAGCAGGCCCACCAAACACAUGCUCACAGGCACAGCGUUCCCGUGCUCCCAGUGCAAUCUCAGCCAGGUCCCCCAGUACCAUUUGGCCAUGUCGGAUGGCCACAUCCGAAACUUCUGCUCCCACGAAUGUGUCUCCGCGUUUAGGUUACAGAAAGAGGAGCCCGCCUCUCAGCGCAGCCUGGUGAACGGAGCCCCCAGCAGGCCCUCCUACUCCUCUGCCCCGCCGCCCCUCUCCGACGGACCGCUGCCCGGGCCCCUGGGCGGGGCCGCGUCCCCGGCGCCGCGCCUCGACCGGUCCUCGCCCCACGGGACCCACCCCGGCGCCCACAGCAGGGUCACAUCGGUGCCCCCGCUGGAGCCCGCCUACAGCGACCUGGCCUCCCACCAGGCCCAGCCGGCCACGCCCUCCUCGCCCGGCCACGCCCUGACUCAAGCCCCGCCCACACACAGCCACCUGACCUGCGGCCAGUGCAAACAACGGUUUGACACCAAGCCGCUUCUCUUCAGCUACCAGGGUCGCAUCUCCAUGUUCUGCGGCGCGGCGUGCUGUGAGCAGUACAAGACCCAGAGGAACAUCAUGGCGCCGUGCGAGAGCUGCAAGCUGGACAACGUGGUGUUUGAGGUGGUGACCUUCGACCAGCAGGACCGCGUGUUCUGCAGCCAGACCUGCAAGCAGCAGUUCCGAGAGGAGGUGACGGCCGGGGGCAAGGGCCCCUGGAGGCCCUGCUCCUACUGCCGCUGCGAGAGCCAGAAGACGUUUCACAGCCACUACGGCGGGCGGGUGGAGGAGUUCUGCCGGCCGCACUGCAUGUCUCAGUACACGGUGCUCUUCUACGGGAUGGCCCGGUGUGACGGCUGCAGGCAGCGGGCCUGCCUGGAGGAGAGGCUGCAGUGCACCAGCUCCGUGCGCAACUUCUGCAGCCGGGCCUGCCUGAUGCAGUACUGCCACCGGCACUUUGAGGUCGGCGCUUCGCGCCGCGCCGACCCCCCCCCCGCCGCCGGCCGCGCGCUGCCGCCGCCCCACGCCCCCAGUCAGGCCAACCAUCCCUCCAAGAUGAACCCGGUGGGGGGGGAGCUGGUGUGCCUGGCCAGUGACUCUGCCACCCGGCCUCAUGCUACGGGCACUCUUCCAACUCCUUACACCCAUGACAAGACGAUAUACCACGCUAGCACCCAGACGGACGCGAUGCGCUCGUCUGGGCCCCGGCGCUGCCAGGUGAAGAACAAGUCAGUUUUGUGUCGGCCCUUCACACUGAACCAGGAGACCAUGUGCCAGCUGCCAGAACCGCCCGCCAAGACCUCAGACUCCUCCACCGCAGCUCCACAACCUCGUCCCGUCAACCACCUGCCGGUGCGCCUCACCGACCGCCACUUCCUGGCCAAGAGGCUGUGGGGCAGCGUGGGCUGCGUGGUCUGCGGCCACCGGCCGCGCAAACGGGCAACGGAGGAGGAGGAGGAGCAGGAGGAGGGGCCCUGGGGGAGGAAGAGGGCGAGGACGGAGGAGUCGGAGGAGGUGUCGGGCACGGUGCGAGUGGCGGAAACGGAGAAGGGGGGCGAGAAGGAGGCGGAGACGCUUGAGCAUGAGAGGCACCUCGAGGAGAAGGAGGAGGCGGUGCAGGCAGAGACGGGGGUUAUGGAGGAGAGAGGGGAGACCAAGGAGGCGGGCUUGGAGACGGGGGUGGGCGUGGCCGGGCAGGGGGCGACGGACUUCUACUGCCGGCUGUGUCCGGGGCAGCCGGGCCUGUGUCCCGCCCCCUGCUUCGAGAUCUACCACACCAGGCUCAUGUACUGGGUCAGCCCGGGGGGGGGUGGGGAGCGGAGCUCUCCGGGGGACAAACUAAAAACUCCUCACGCCACUCUCCCUUUGCCGCCUCCGUCGGCCGCCAGUGUCCUGACACAGACCCCCACAGUCCAGGCAGAAUCUGGACUACAGUAG